AUGUCUCAUCCAUUGAUGACACUCUUCCAGUCUGCUGGUAUCGACUUUGUCCAGGGCACUGCCGAAUCGAUUGACGGCAUCCGACAAAGUGUGCAGGUUCAUACGCCGACGGGGAAAGACAUCACAGUCAAAUACAGCCAAAUCAUCAUCGCGACUGGAAGUCGCCUUAAUAAGCCUCAAAGUGUUACCGGACUUGAACAGCAUGCAUUCGAUAUCGACACGCUAGAUGCUGCUGCCAGAUUGGAGCGUCAUCUCGAAAGCCUCGCAUCAUACCAACAGAGCGCAGCCCGCGACACCAUUGUCGUCUGCGGGGCCGGCUUCACGGGCAUCGAGCUCGCAACGGAGCUUCCAAAGCGCCUUAGCCACAUUGAAAAGCCACGUAUCGUUCUAGUGGAUAGUGCCAAAGAAGUUGGCCCGGAACUCGGACCCGGACUUCGUCCAAUCAUUCUACAAGCCCUGGAAGAGCUACACAUUGAGACCAAACUUGGAUCUGCCGUCUCAGCAGUUGACCAGGAGGGAGUAAUCCUUGCCUCCGGCGAGCGCAUCCCGACAAAGACAGCGGUCUGGACUGCCGGAAUGAGAGCAUCCCCUCCUGCGCAGCAGAUAGAGGGACCCAAAGACUCUCUCGGUCGCUUGCAUGUCGACAUGUAUCUUCAGACCUCGAAGAACAAGGAUAUCUUUGCAACAGGUGACGCUGCCUAUGUCAUCGCAGAUCCGAGUGGUCACCAUGCGCUCAUGUCCUGUCAGCAUGCACUCCAACUUGGUCGCGUGUCUGGGCAUAACGCUGCCGCAGCGCUACUUGAAGAACCUAUGAUGGAGUAUUCGCAGGCUGCAUACAACUGCUGUCUCGACCUAGGUUCAUGGGGGGCAGUCAUUGGCGAGGGAUGGGAAAGAAAGGUCAAACUGCACGGAGACCUCGCGAAGCGGAUCAAAACGUACAUAAACCAGGCGCUGAUUUAUCCUCCCGUGGACGCGAAAGAGGCGCUCACUAUGGCUAGCCCUCUAGGCCAAGAUUCGGAUGAGUUGUUCAAGAACCUGCUGGAGAUUGUGUCCUCAGAGGGGCAAAAUUAG